GCCUUCUUGAUUCCCUCCAAUGCAAGACUCGGAUCACAAUGGUCACUGUGAAUAGCGAUCUAAUCGCCAAUGGGACCCCUUCGUUAUUGUGCUCGCUUCGGCCAAGCAGAAUCUGUGCUGUCAUGCAAUCGUCAGGUGCUGACGUUUGCGUCUUUACCAACCUCCUCCUACACUAUCGGUACCUAAGUAUUUCCAGCAUUCACUAACCAUCUGAUCCAUACUUUUCUGCUCACAAUGAACAUUCUUCUGCUAAUCUACUCAAACUUACACCUUUGAUUUGCACAUAUCGCGUCUUUCCAGCAGUCUUUUACGUCUCAACCAAAGGACCACAAUCCUAGGCCACUUCAGUCAGCCACCCGUCGUUACCUUGCAUUGUUUGGGCGUUUGGAUAUCAGUUUUCCCUGUACAAUAUGCACUCCUCCCUUCUCAGCUCAGUCCUCACGGCACUUGCUGUCUCGUCCUUGCUUCCAACAAUUAUCGCGCAAACUUACACCUCCUGUAAUCCGUUACAACAGAGUAAUUGCCCAGCAGAUCCGGCUCUGGGGAAGAGUGUCGAUAUUGAUUUUACAUCGGGUGCCUCCAGCGAGUUCACAGAGUCCGGUGCUCCUACAUACGACUCGAAUGGGGCUGCAUUUACGAUAGCGAAAUCCGGUGACUCGCCGUCCAUUUCUUCAAAAUGGUACAUUAUGUUCGGACACGUCGACUAUGUUGUCAAGGCAGCCCCCGGAACCGGCAUAGUCAGUGCGGCUAUCCUUCAGUCCGACUGCUUGGAUGAAAUCGAUUGGGAAUGGCUAGGCGGCGACGACACCCAGGCCCAGAGCAACUACUUUGGCAAAGGGCAAACGACUACCGGUUACAACCGAGGGGCUUUCCACAGUGCUCCAAAUAAUCACGACGAAUUUCACACCUACAGCAUCGACUGGACUGCUGAUCAGAUUGUUUGGUCGAUUGAUGGUACCACUGUGAGGGUCAUGACCCAAGCUCAAGCUGAGGCCGGCCAAUACCCUCAAACGCCCAUGUAUGUCAAGGUCGGUGCUUGGGCAGGAGGCGAUCCAUCGAACCCCCAGGGCACAAUCGAAUGGGCCGGUGGUCCUACAGAUUACUCCGCUGGUCCAUUCACCAUGUACCUCAAGUCCAUACAUGUCACGGACUAUUCGACUGGCUCUGAAUACUCGUACAGUGGCACCAGCGGCACCUGGCAGUCGAUCGUCUCUUCUGGUGGCAAGAUAAAUAGCCAAGGUGACGGGACACCUGUUUCCAGUUCAGCUCCUGCAGUCACCUCUCAAGUAACAACAGGAAGUGCUCCUUUGGCUUUUGGCAACAAUGGUGAUUCCAGUACUGUGACCCGAACCGGCUGGCCUUGGUCGGGAACAGCCACUACAUCAGCAACUACACCAGCGGUCACCGUGAUACCUACCCCUUCGUCGUCCUCAUUGCAGCCCUCACGGUCGGGCUUAGCGUCGGCUUCAUCCAUUGAGAUCUCCGGAUCAUCACGCUCUGAUGUAUCUCCCGCUGCGACCCAGUCUGCCAACGUAAGUUCUGGAACCGUGACCGGCUCGACCACGUCUGGUUCUGCAUCGGACACAACCCAGUCGGGCAGCGCAUCACAGUCAUCUAAUACGUCAAGUGGAGCUCAGCCCUCGAGCACAACAACUACUACCAGAACAUCGGGAAACCAAUCCCUAGGAACAUCAACAUCAACAACGACGGGGCCAGCUUCUGCACAGCCCAGCAGCACAUCUACUGCCUCCCCCAGCACAACAGGGACCAUCACACGCAGCCUAACUUCCACCAUACCGAGCAGAUCAACCUCCACGAGCGCGACGACACAAAUGGCCAGUACGACAAUGCUGACCUCUACCCGCUCUGGUAGUAUACAAUCAGCAUCCCCGACACAGACAGGAACGCCACCAGCGCCGAACAAUGCAUUUCAGAAUCUUGGUUAUGAUUCUUGGAUCAUUUUGAGCGUUGGUAUAAUGUGUCUCCUCUUCUGAGUCCGGGGGUACAACAACAGUAAGUAUGGGCGGCAUUUGUCAGCACGAGUUUUAGUAAUGGACCUGGCGGGUGGCGUUAAUACGGAAUGAUUUUAGAAGGCCAAGAGGAUUGUGAUGUACAGGGAUGCAAGGCUGUGAUAAGCGAUGAAUACGGAAAUACAUAUGAUACCCAAAUAGAAUGAACGGGCUCUUAUCGAGUCUCACGAUACGAAUCGAUAACUUAGUUGGUGGUUGAUAAAGAGGCUGCCCUUCCGACCGGAUUUAAUACCUCUUUUUGCACGACUUGAAUACUAUGAACAAUAUCUCAGUAGGAAGGCGAGUAUUUCGUAAUACACAGAGGAAGCACUAGGAAGGAGAAUCAUCGACAGCGGGAUAUGCCAGGGUCGCCACCUUUUGGGCCUGGGAAUAUCCGUAUUGGUACAUCGAUU